AGGAUAUGAAUUUACUUUUGAGUUUGGCUGUUUAAAAAAUUUUUUCAAUGUAUUUACCAUAGGAAGCAACAUUUUCUUUAAAAAUAAAUUUACUGUUCUGCUCUUUCAUAAAUUUGGCAGUAUUUAUAAUCCAACUUUGCAACAAAAUGAUGCAUAGUGAAAAAAGCCUCCUAGCAAACACACGCUAGCUGACAGCUGGGCGAGCAAUGUGAUGCUACAGCCUUGGAGGUUAGCCCUAUAAUUAGGCUGUUCUGAUAGCUAACAAACAUUUGUAAUUAUUGGCCACAAUUUAUAAAUAAUUAGACAAGCACAUUUUUUUUACAAGUUUUUUUGUAAAGACUGAUGUAAUUAUUAAAUCUCAUACAUUGCAUCAUGUAUUUGUUAGACAAACAUUCACUUGUUUACUCAUAGUUAACUAGUAAACACUUAAUAAUUAAGAUAUACCUAAAAUUCAAAAGAUGUGAUCUGGUACAAUCAACAACCAAACAAAGCAAGUAUUUAAAAAACAAAUCAGUUCCCCAUUUCUCAUAUGUGAUGAAAUGUAAUAUCUGUUGAUAUCCGAUACCAGUAUCGGAACAGCCAUACUUGUAAUACCAAUUGGCCCAAACUCAUGACAUUGGCGGUGUCUGGGUGCUUGCUGCGGCAUUGGGACUUCUGGAGGUGGUGUCUGGACAUAGAGAGGGAAAAUUGUAGGGUUUGCUGCCUCAAGAAAACAGGUCACACUCAGUUGCUUCUCACCUGUUAUACAAUUCUGGUUUGUCAUUGGGCAGAAGAGGUGCUUUAAGGCUUUGGCUGUGGUGUAUAUACCUUGACGAGGCUUGGCUCAAUAAACAAGUGGGGGUGACAUGCAGCAGUUUGCCAGUCUGAAGGUGCUGGCAGUCUCGCGUGCAUUAAGAUCAGUCUGUGAAGGAACUGAUGUUGAUGCCUUUUAAUUGGCUGUUCGAAAAAGUUUACAACCAAUUUACGAAAAAGUUAAAUCAAGGUGUCUAGUGACCGGGAAAACCGGGAAAGCCGGGAAUUGUACGGAAAUUAUAACUGCCAGGAAAAAUCCGGGAAUUGUAACAGGAAUUUUUCAUAAAUCCGGGGAUAAAAACAAAGUUUUAUUAAAACGUGUUAUGCUGCAUUUCAUAUCUGGAUCAUCAUCGCUGACCAACAAAUACUGUUAAAAACUAUCAAUAAGUUUUAAGUGGGACGCGAGUCUUCACAGGUCCAUGCGGCGCCCGGAGACAGCGCGAUAGACUUGGCAACACUGCUUGUGUGACUCACCCACGCGAGCGCACGCACACACACCAGUUCACAAUCUCUCGUUCAGACGACUGGCGCCGUCUAACAGCAUUCUGCCGCCGUUUUCCGCUAUCCAGUGUUUGUGUUUCGUUGCAAUGCGUGUAUGUGGAUUAUUAAGUAUUUACAGUAAAACGGACUUGAAAUGGCUCGUCGGGUGAGAGGGAAAAUUUCGUUUCAAACGGAUUGGAAAGUAGAAUUCACUUGGGUUGAAGACAUCAAGGAUGAUCGUCACUCUGCUAGGUGUGCAGUCUGUGGGACUACUUUUUCCAUUACUUCCAUGGGAAGAACAGCUCUUACAAGCCAUGCCAGUGGAAACAAGCAUAAGAAAAAUGUGAGUAGUGUAGAUAAGACAGCGCCAAUUCAAAUUUGGGCUACUACAUCUGCCCCUGAAACAUCUAAAGCAUCUGAACCUUCACCUUUACCAUCUUCAUCUGUAAUUCAACCUUCGUCAGCUGCUGUUAUUCCUGGUGCGAGUAUGAAUCUACCUGCUGAAGAUUCGUUAAUCCCGAAAUCUGCUUCUACAACCCGCUGUUUGGAUAAUUUUCUUCUUAAAGACGAUGUGACUCGUGCCGAAGCUUUGUGGUGUCUUGAAACGGUGAUGAAUCAUAACUCCUUACGCAGCGCUGCUAGUAGCGUAAACAUGUUCAAGCGAAUGUUUCCCAACGAUCGUGUUGCAAACAAUAUGAAACUUCAAAAAGAUAAAAUUUCAUAUGUCAUAGUUUAUGGACUUGCUCCUUAUUUUUAUGAUAAGUUGAAAAGUGUUUUGAAAGAGUGUGAACAUUUCGUGUUGGGUUUUGAUGAGAGUGUGAACAAAAUUGCACAGAAACAACAGAUGGACUUGUCUGUCAGAAUUUGGGACUCAAAUGUAAAUAAAGUUAUGUGUAGGUAUGUAACAUCCAUCUUUUUGAAUCACGCUACAGCUGAAGAUCUCUUACAAGCCAUGAAAACUGGCUUGGAAGGAUUUGACAUGAUGAAGAUUAUCCAAUUAUCAAUGGAUGGUCCUAACGUAAAUUUCAAAGUACUUAGGCUUUUACAGCAAGACAGCAGAUCUGACCCAGAAUCCCCACAGUUACUAGAUAUUGGUUCUUGUGGUUUACACACAGUGCACAAUGCCUUUAAGACAGGCAUCAAGAAAUCUGGUUGGGAGAUAAUUGAGUUUCUUAGAGCCCUUUACAAUUUGUUUAAAGAGGCUCCAAGUCGACGAGGAGACUAUACAGAGGCUUCAAACUCACACGUGUUUCCUUUGAGGGUUUGCUCAAUUCGUUGGAUUGAAAAUGGCAAAGUAGCGAGGAGAGCAAUGGAAAUAUUGCCACUUGUUAAAAAAUAUGUCAACAUAGUCAAAACCACAGCAAAGGAACCAUCUUGUAAUAGCUUUUCUGUUGUAUGUAAAGCCCUGCAAGACAAACUCCUGCAAGCGAAAAUAGCUUUCUUUGAGGCACUGGCAAGUGACGUUGAACCAUUUUUGGUAGAAUUCCAGUCUGAUUCUCCAAUGGCACCAUUUCUUUUCGAUAGUUUGACAUUUAUUGUAAUGACUGCUAUGAAAAGAAUUGUGAAAACCGAGAUUAUUGAGAAAACUCCUCUUCACAAAAUUGAUGUUUUCAAACAGAAUGCAGAUAAGACUUUUGUAAAUCUCAAGGAUGUGAAACAUGUUGAGCUUGGUUACAGUACCCGUGCAGCACUAAGGAAGUGUAAGAAUGCCUCUGAGAAAGAUAUUUUAAUUUUCAGAAAAGAGUGUCGGAAUGUCCUGCAAUUUUUUGUGAGUAACCUGUUGCUGAAGUCUCCUCUGAAGUAUUCUCUUACCAAGGCUCUUACUUUUUUGAACCCUUAUCAUAUUUCUUCCAAAGAUAGUUGUGUAAAACAACUUACUACUGCUCUUGACCACCUCCUUACGGCCAAUCUUCUGCCAGCUAGCACUGUUGAAAGGGCUGAUAGAGAGUACAGGUUUCUUUGCUCGCAAUCAAAUGUCAUUGAAGAAAUGAAAACCUACUCUAAGUCUGAAACUCGCUUGGAUACCUUCUGGGUGCAGCUUAUAGAAGGAAAGAAGGAAUAUGAGAACCUCUUUAAAGUAGUCAAACUACUUUUAAUUUUGUCUCACGGCAGUGCUAACAUCGAACGAGGAUUUUCAGUGAACAAAGAAAUUUUAGUCGAAAAUCUGAAAGAACCAUCACUCAUAGCCCAGCGUCGUAUUUUUGAUUUUGUUAGUAAUGAGCCGGGUGGACUGAUGAAGCUAGACAUUCCUAAAGCCAUGAUUCAUGCAGUGAGGAAUGCUUAUUCCAUGUACAGUGAGGCACUUGCAGAGCAGCAGUGUACAAAUAAGAAAAUUUUCAAGCUAGCGGAAGAAAGAAAACGUGCAGCUACUGAGAUCAAACAGCUUGAGGCGAAGAAACUCAUGUUGCUUGAGGAUGUACAGCGUGCAGUAUCUGCCAUCGAUGAGAAGGUGAAAGAUCUUAAAAAAUAGUAUAGGGCUGUGUAUUGCAUGACACUAUACAGUUAAACUUCUCACAGUUUUGUACUAGUGUGACUAUGGACCAAACAAGCUGCAAGACAAUUACUAUCGAACCAGGACAAAUGAAAAAUUCAAAUGUUUUAAUAAUGAAUUUGAAGUUCCAACAUUUCCAGUGAGAAGGUAGGCCUGCAUAUGUCUUUGAUGUUUAUAGCAUCUUUAGAUGAUCAUUUUGUUAAAAUGCUUUUUCUCAUUACAUACAGUAGUAAUUUAGUAAUUUAUUGCAUUUGUUCAAUUUUGCAUGUACUAUCAUGAUUUUGGGGUAAAAUUUUAUCGCGUAUGAUUUACAUGUAUUCUUUUCAUUUUUGACAUGUACAGGAAUGUACAGGAAUUGUACAGGAAUUUUUUCUGAUCAUUUCCCUAGACACCCUGUAAAUUAAUAUCAGACCUUCCACCUCCCAGAAAUCAAAAGUCGGGAGAUUUCUUUAAGAAUCAUCUAAAAAACACACAAACACACACACCGGGUGCAAUUUCUUCCAAAAAUAAAAAGAACAGGGUGGCCACUCACCGGGAUUUAUCAGGGAAAUCACGUUGAUCGGGAAUUAUCAGGGAAUUUUUUGUCAUGUAUAUUUCCCUGCUUGUUUUGGCAGUGGCCCUUUGAACGUCCAUAAUUUCUUUCCUUAAGUUGCGCCGAACCGUGCCGAGUAGCAUCAAGCCAAUGCCGCGCCGAAAUGUGCCAAUUAGCACUACGCUGCCCGGACCGUGCCGAGCAGUGCUAGCUGUAGCUGCCGUCGCUCGUCGCCAUAUUGAUGUUUUCCAGUUUUGACCGUUAUAUCGCAGCUAGUUUUUGUGUCUUUCAUUAACGAACGUGGGAAUGGCGUUUGCCAGAAGAUGUUCUGUGUUCGUCACUGCCAAUUUCAAGUGAAAAAUGCCGUUAGUGCUUUGUUUUGAGAAUCGAGUGUCUGCUUGGUGCCACGCUGCCUUGGUGCCUAUAGGCAUUUUGUGACAAAGCUAGGACUAUUUGCGUAACUGUAGUGAGUGUCUUUCCGUGGUGUUUAAUUUUGCGGGUCCAAUAAUCACUGUUAAUUUGUAUUAAAAUGAGCUCAUAUUCAAAGUGUUAAUUUUUGCAAGAAUGGCUGCUCGAUGGUCAAUUUAAGGAAUGGCUUCAAGAAGAUCGUGGAAACAUGUUUUCGGCACAGUGCAGUGUCUGUAAAAGUGUCUUUUCUUUGAACAAUAUGGGAAAAGCAGCAGUUAGAAGCCACAUGAAGAGGAAAAAACAUCAAGCGGCAGUAGCAGCACUUUCAAAUGGUACUUCGCUGAAGGUGUUUUUUUCAGUCAGAACAAAUUGUUACAAACAAGUGAAGUUUCUGACUUAAGCACGCCUUCGACAUCUACAGUUGAAGAAACUGUAAGUAAUCCUGCACAAGUUCACAUUAUGCAUGAAACAACCAAAGAGUUAUGUGGCUUGAAUCGAUUUCUUUUAAAUGACGACACCACUCGGGCCGAAAUUAUUUGGUGUGCCUCAACAGUUAUGUCGCACAACUCUUUGCGCAGUGCCGAAAAAAAUGAGUCAUUAUUUACAUUGGAUGAAAAUUUCAUACCUAUUAUUUGGUUUGGCAUCAUAUUUUCAUUAUAAUCUAGUAAACAUUUAUGUUCUAGUGCAUCACAUAUAGUAGUUGGAUUUGACGAGUCUCUAAAUAAAGUCGCUCAGAAGGGUCUAAUGGACAUGGUUAUUAGGAUUUGGGAUGAGCAAAAUAGCUGUGUGAUCACAAGAUACUUUUCUUCUGCGUUUUUAGGGCAUAGUACAUCAGGAGAUAUGUUGAAGGCUCUUACCACAGAAUUAGUUGGAAUCGACAUGAAUAAGAUAAUUCAGUUUUCAAUGGACGGGCCUAAUGUGAAUGUUAAGCUCUUAAGGGAUUUAAAAGAGACACUAGUGAGGGGCCCUGGAGAAGCUUCGAUUUUGGACAUAGGAAGUUGUGGGCUGCGUACUCUACAUGGUGCCUUAAAAACUGCAACAAAAACCACAGGAUGGAAAAUUGUGGAAUUUUUGAGGGCAUAAUAUUUUUUGUUUAAAAAUGUUCCAGCAUGAAGAAGUGAUUAUACUUCACUGACAGGUUGCACUUUGUUUCCAUUGAAGUUCUGCCCGGUGCGCUGGGUAGAAAAUACAAAAGUGGCAGAAAGGGCAGUAGCAAUAUUUUCUAGUAUUGGAAAAUAUGUUGAUGAGAUUUCCAAAAUAAAAUCGGCUCAGUGCAGUAGCUUUACAGUUGUGUCUGAAGCAUUGAAGGACAAAUUAUUGCUAGCGAAAUUAACUUUUUUCCAUUCACUUGCUGCAACCAUAGAGCCAUUUUUGAUUGACUUUCAAUCAGAUGCACCCAUGGCUCCUUUACUAUAUGAAUCACUAAAUUCAUUGGUUCUCGGAAUCAUGUCAAAAUUUGUGAAGAUAAAUGUGCUCGAGUCUUCUACCAAAGCCACUUGUUGAUCUGUUGGAUAAGAAUGUGUUCUUGAGUGCUUAACAUACUGGCAUAGGUUAUGGUAAAAGGAAUGCCCUACAAAAGACUAAGAAUAUUUCACAACUAGAAAUGUUACACUUAAAAAUUGAAUGUAAGAACAGUUAUCAAAAGUUGUGUGAAAAAAUAUUUGAGCGCUCGCCACUGAAAUACCCCAUUACUGAAGGUAUUUCGUGUUUGGAUCCCGCUGUUACAGCACGGCCAGCUGUGCAAAGAAGGCGUCUUAAACAGACACUAAACAUACUUGACAAAAACCUGAUAUCUGGUCUCAGGGCAGACAAAAUUGAUUGUCAGUUCAGGUCACUGUGUGAAAAAGAUGAUGUUCAGGCUGCAUCAAAAAAUUUUUCUAUGAAAGAUGAUAGACUAGACAGCUUCUGGAUGAAACGGUUACUCUUGGUGCAGGAUUCCAUGGAACUUUUGUCUUUUGUAAAACUUAUAUUAAUUUUAUCUCAUGGAAACACUAACGUAGAACAAGGUUUUUCCAUCAACCGUGAGUGUUUAAUAGAGAAUAUUAAAGAGGAGUCCCUAGUAGCUCAACUGCAAGUAUAUGAUGAAAUUGUUGCAUCUGGUGGCUUAGACAGUUUCUUGUCCAAUAUUUCCAAGGACAUAAUACAUGCUGCUCGUAAUUCACAUGCACGGUAUAAGGAAGCUAUGGCUCAACAAAAGAAGGAUUAUGAAUCGAAGAACGAAAGCGAAAUGGCAAAGCAUAGGGCAGCAAUAUCUGAAAAAGAGCUUGCUGCCAAGAAACAAAGAAUAAUUGAUGAAGCAAGAAAAGAAGUAGAACUGAUAGAUGAGGAACUGAAAAAACUUCAUUAUCAUAAAUGAAAACUGUAGUGUGAAUUUGAAAUUGCAAUUUGUAACAAGAUAUGCUAGUGUGUAUUUAAUUAAUUUUUUAUGUUGUUUGUGAAGUGCUAUUUAAAAUGUAUUAUGUUCUUUAACGAACUUCCGUAUUUAUAUAAUGAAGAAAAUACAGCAGGGUGCUAAAAUGUGAGUUAUCUCUUUCUAUAAUAUUAUAUUAUUUUAUCAAAAGUAUGUUUUUUUUUGUAAUUGUAAAUAUCAGGGAAAUUUUGAAUUUUUAAUCAGGGAAAAAUCAGGGAAUAUUUUGUGGACACCAUGAAGAAACUGUUAACUUUCACUUCGAGAAACUAAUAUAUUUAUAAAUUACAUUACACUUGUGUCACUCUUAAAUACAAUGAAAAUUUUAAAACCAUCACUAUACAAAAAAAAUUAAAGUUUUGAGUUAUAGACUUACCAAUCGUCUCUUCAAAUUGCUGUUCCACACACAUAGUGGAACCAUUUAAUUUAUGACUAAACUAGGGAUGGGACGAUUCCAAAAUUUUCGAUUCUUUAAAAAACCCUUCGAUUCUCGAUACUCAUCUAGUUAACUUAAUAUUAAAUAAUUCAAAUUCUAUUUGCAACAUUU